AGAAUACGACAUAAAAUCCAGGAGGUUAGUUAAUCUACUCACUUGCUGUUCCAGUUGAGUGAACUCUGUGUAUCACAGUUAAAUAAAAUAAUUUGCUGGGCACGUUUUCUGCAUGAUUUAAGUUUUUGCACAGUUAAAAAAUUAAUUAAAUCUAAAUUAUUUUCAAUUUAAGAUCAAUUACAAAAUUUUAGGUAAUUAAUUUAUUGAUUGCAUAAGUUUGUUUGUUUUAUGGUGCUGCUGCCAUGACAACAGGCGAGAAUGGUCUGAAGUAAAUUCAAAAUGUCGAAGAAUAUAGCCAUCAUGUUAUUUUAUGGAAUGUGUUUGCUGUUAGGGUUGUCAGCGACGAUGGAGACCAAAACCAGCAUUACUCCAUCUUUAAAUUUCAAGUCACGUGACAAUAUAUCCCACAAUGCAACAAACAAAACAGAAACUGUAGUUAUAAAAAAUAAUAUGGAGUAUGUGAUAAACCGUGAAGAUAAGAAUUCCCUUCAUACUCACGCAAAAAUAGACGACGAAGACCUUCCAGUAAUAAAAACUUAUAAAAUUUCGCCUGAUCCAAAAACCAGGUAUAAAACUAUAGAAUAUAAUAUCAUAACUGAAGACAACCAAUUAGGAAACGAAUCAGCAAUAACCGACCAAUCAGUAAACAAAUGGGUGACAACCAACCAAUCGGCAGCAUCUUUAGAUGAACUUGUAAACAAUACUUUCACGUCGCUUGACCAAUCAGAAUACGACACGUCACUUCUUUACACGUCCAGAGAUCAGAUUUUGAACCAAUCAUCAGAAACUUCAAUAAAUAAAUCAAUAUCUGGAGAGAAAAGCAUUCCGGUGAUUGACUAUAAAGACAAUACAACAAAGUUAGGAGAUCAAUCGAACAGUCUCAGCGAAAACAACAACGCCUCGUCUUCGACAUCGAGAUCAUUUUACAAAACAUGGUUAAGUGAGCAAAUUCGCGAUAUUGACAGUCAUGCAAGGAGCGAAUUUGAGUUUGAAGAAACAAAGAAGAGAACAUUAUCAAAAAAGCACAAAGAAAGAGAUAGAAAAAACAUAAACCGGAAAAAAGGUACUCCUUUCAAAAAAUCUUCAACUUCUCAUACUGUGUUGAAGAAACAAAGUCCGAGUAGCGCCAAGCGAAGCUACAUUGAUACUCAACCAACUGCUACAAUACGCAACAUAACCAAAAAAGCUCGCGUAGAGUACUUUGUGGAAGACAGACCAGAUUUAAGCCGUGUGUUUUGGGGAACAGUAAAUCCUCACUUUCGUACGCCAGUUUUAAAGGCAGAUAAAAAUGACAUCGUAAAGCAUAUUUACGAUGAAGCAGAAGGGGAGAAAAAUAAACCACAAAUACCUUUCGAAAUACAUGAACGUAAAUACAAACCGGAAUAUACUCCAGCUUAUCGGAAGAAAUAUUUUAGACCAAGAGUUAGCCAUCGCAACGGUCGAUGGUUCUGGCGAACCAUCAAUCCCUCACAUUACUCUAAGCCUGUGGAAGCAAAAGCUGAUGACAUAGUACAGCAAGCUUAUGAACAAAGUAAAGCUGAAAGUGAUAGAAAAGCUCUUGGUGAAUUUUUAACUAUGUCUGUAGAUCAAAGUCCACCACAAGAUACCAUUAUGAAUUCUAAAAGAUUAAACAGGUUUUAUAGUAUUUCUUGGCCAAUCGAGUCGAGAAAUCAUAUACCCAAGUCGGUGGCAGACACUGACGAAAAUUCUUUGAAAGUACGGACUAAGAAACAUAAAAGUCCCGACCAAGCCAUCAAAAUUCACAAGAAGGUUAACGUCGCCGUUAAGAACCAUAAAAAACCCGACGUAGCCGUGAAAGAACAUAGUAAAGACGUACAUUCACAUCAUAACAACUCCAUGUCGUUUCAUCUUCACAUAAGUGACCCUGAUAAGAAAAACACGCUAUUGGGACAAAAUACAGACCAGAUUUUAAAAGUCAUAAAGCUCUCCAAGCUACCUCAACAUACUGACCAGAAGUUUUCCUCCUAUAUCAAUGACAAUACUAUUCUCGAUUAUUCAAACAGAUAUAAAGGAAAGCGUAAAGUUGUAGCAGAUUUUUCACAAGGUGCUGACAAUGCAAGAUUAUUGGUGUAUUCGUUACAAGGAGACAAAGGUAACAAAGAAAAACUAGUUGAGACAAAAAGAGACAAAAUCGAACUUUUGCAUCACGAGGUUGAGAAAGAAGAAUCUGGAGCAAAAAGAGCUGUCGGUCAAUUUUCAAUCAAUCGUUGGGUCUAUUUUGGUAUUAACGGCGACUUAAAAAGAGAGAAUAUUCCUCUGAAUAACAACACAGAGAAAAACAGUGGUGAAAAAAACACAAAAGAUAAAAUAAGUUUUACAGAAGAAAAAAAAACUGUUUUAAAAAUAGAGAAGAGUAAGGUAAAAAACGCAGACCAGCGUGGUCAUAUUCAUUACCGCAAGUCUAAAUACAGAAACAUGUUGGUUGAACCCUCGAAACACCCAACUGAAGACGUUUCUGUAAAACGUGGUAUAAAUACGAAAAGCUCAGUUAAAAAUCAAGAUCCCAAUCUUUUUUAUAUACUACAAAAACAUAACAAACUGGCAAAAACAACACAAGAGGAUGAUAAUGAUGUUUCUGGUCUUCAGAAUGUUCUCAGAAAUAGUAAAGGUGGUAAAGAAGCAUUUAAAGCGAAGAAUAGCGCUACUGAAAACUCUGAGGACCAGAUUCACAAUUCAGAAAAGCGUUGGUACAAUAAAAAGACUGGUAAUGAGAAUCAUUCAAGUAGAAGAAAUUUGGCGCGAAAUAGAAAUUUUUUAUCAACGGAAAUUUCGGAUGCUAUUUUUGAUGACGAUGUAAUGAAACUAACAAAGAAACAACCCGGGACGAAGAGAAGUCAUACGUCGUAUCCACGUCAACGCCUCGCUUUACCUUCAGUAAAUCGUAAAGUUAUUGACGUCACUAAUAGCGACGAUGACUACGAUUACGAUGACGGCGUGCAACCUGAAGUCAAAAGCUUUCAAAAGCAAUCCAAUAAACUAAGUUUAAAAGAAGAAAAACUGUAUCACGACUAUUUGAAUAACAGAGACAGUUCUAUGGCAACAAGUUACUUACAAGAUGAGCGAGACAAGCGAAAUAAAAUACCAAAUAUGAUGGAUGCUGCAAGUUAUUUUAAAUAUUUUACCGAACAUCCCGAAGCUGUUCAAAACGAGGCUAGUGGUUUGAGACGAGUACUCGAACGAGAAAAACAAGUAUCUGGCAGUGCUCGAGACUCUAUAAAAAACCACAACGAAGAAGAGAAAGACGACCGCGGAAGAGAGAUUUCAAAGAAAAGAGAAUGGUCUGAUGAAAAUGAAGAUUCACAUAGAAAGUAUCAUGAAUAUUAUCACGUACAAGAGGACGAAGAUGCUGGUAAACGAAAUGAUGAACAGGUUCAUCAUAAAUAUCGAGACGAAGAUGAUGAGAAAAGUCAUAAUGAGCGAGACGACCACAGUAGAUAUGAAGAGGAGGGAGCCAAAAAAAGCGAUAGUUCAGAUAACGAAGAAGAUGAGGAAGAAGACGAUGAUGGCAUCCACGAAUAUAUGAAGAAGAAACCCCUGGAGGAGGAUACAGGAUCGAGAAGAUCUAAAGAAGUUGAAAAACACGAAGAAGAAGAAGAAGAGACAGAAGGAGGUUCCAAACGUCAAUUGCGUGCCCUAGAUGCCUUGUACAGGUCGCAUAAAUUUCCAAACGAACCAGACUCAAAAGAGAUUCUAGAUCGAUUUGACGCUCCUACUCGUGUUGGUUAUCAAUACGGUCAGUUAAUAUGGGGAUGGUUUAUUGCUCCCCUGGAUGGAGAGUAUAUAUUUUAUUCAGCAUGUGACGAUGCCUGCGAUAUUUACAUGAGCCCAGAUGAAGGAAAAGAUCACAUCAGAAAGAUUAUUUCACAGAACAGAUGGUCCUUGCAUAAUCAGUGGGAUAAAUAUCCUGAAGAGCAGACCAGUAUGGGAAUUCGCCUUGCAGGUGGCCGCGCAUACUACAUCCAAGCCGUUGGUGCACAAAGUGGCGGGCGAGAUUGCUUAUCUGUUGGAGUACAAUUGCCAACUGGUGUAGUUUUACGGCCAAUAACACGACACUUUUUAACCAGAGCUCCUAUUGGUCCUGGUGGUCGAUUCCGCAUGUCACCAGCGUUGGCAGCUGCGCAACAGGGUGAUCUUCAGGCCGCUAUUGGUGGAAAUGUAGGUACCAUUGGACCAGGAGGAGCGACCGGCAUGGUACCUGGAGGUAAGGACAUAAAGUGUAUACAAUAUAACCGACAUGAGAUUCGUGAUUGUUUGAUCAGGGCAAGAUGAAAUACGGUAUUCUCUACAUUAUUUACCAGAUUUCAGCUUAAUUAUUAGUCAAAAUUACCUAUUCCUCGGCUAUAUAAAUGUAAUUAUUAUUGGCCAGAUGCCCAUAUGUAUGAGCUUAUUUCGUAUGCGCAUAAACCUAUUGCAUAUGUGUUGUUUGCACGACUUUGAUACCAAGACAUAAUGCAGACGAAAGAUUAAUUUUAAGCCAUUUUAAAACUCAUAUCAGCUCUAUACAACAAACACAUAUUAAAGUUACUUUUCAUUGAACUUCAUACUUAACAUUCUUUUUCCUUACGCAACUAACAGCUAGGAAUUCAUCUCUUUUAGUGGCUGGAGGGCUUGGAGGAGGCUUAGGAGAUCUUGGUGGUCCCCACGGUUUGGAUCAGGCUACAGUAGCUUACUCUGGAAAUGUUGCACAGCAAGGAGGAUAUCUUGCUGCAGGUGGUCUGGGUGGACUUGCUGGUAUAGGUCCCUACGGAACAGCAGGAGUUGGUUCUCAUGGUGGGGCUGAUGGUCAAGCAGGUGCUGUUGCAGGAGCGUAUGGAGCAGCUGGUGGUGCUGGUGGAGGUGGUGGGGCUGGCGCUGCUGGUGGAGCUGGAUGGGCGGCCGCUGCGGGUGCUGGGGGAGGCGGUACGUAUUUUAUUUACAUUUCAUUAAUUUGAAGGUUAAUUGAUACAUCAUUAAUGAUAUUCAGUGGGAAAGCUUUUCUUAUUUACAGGUGUGUCACCACAAAGGCUUCCUUUUAUCUUAUGCAUCAAAUGUAAAAUUGAGCAGUCAAUUGUAACAAAAGAAAACUCCCAUGAUCAAAAUAAAGCGUUCGUUCGCCAGUUUCGUAAACAAUCGUCUGCUUUCAAAGCGCGUAAGUUACAUUCAUACCUAACUUAACGCGAAGUAAAUAGUUUUUGAAAACUGAAAACUUUAACUAAUUUAAGGCGAGCCCUGUACUUACAGAAAUUGAGAUUUUUGGAACGAUUAAAACAGCCUUUGAGAAAUAAGGGUCGCGUUACAUUAGGUAAAGUGUAAUUCACGUGCGCUCCAUUAUUAUUAUGUGUUUUAAUAUCACGUGUUUAACAUUCAGGU